CUUGACCCGGUGUCCGGCCAACUCUACAGCUUCGUCCAGCCCAGCCCUUGGGGAACAAGGGAGGGGACGGGAGAGGUUUUUCUGGGGCUCCAUCAAAGAACUAGUAUUUUUCUGAGAGCGAUGACCCCAGACCCCGUGGUGUGCCCUUCUCGGGCAAAAGACGGCGCCCCUAGAUGUGCCCUGGAGUCGUUCAGCCGCAGGAUUCCGAUGUCCGCCCCCGUAGCGGUAGUGAGCCUGCUGAUAGUCUUGCUUAGCACGCUCGGCUGCUUCGUGCGCGCCCCAGGUUUGAGCAUGAGUAUGGCAGAAGGGGACACCCUAAUAUCGGUGGAUUAUGAAAUUUUUGGGAAGGUGCAAGGGGUGUUUUUCCGCAAGUACACUCAGGCAAUUAUUUCUAGUCAGAGAAGGAAACCAGUGCCUGGCAUUCUCACCAGCUUUCUACCUGCCAUGAUCAAGUGCUUGUCAGUUGAAGUACAAGCCAAACUGCGUUCUGGUUUGGCCAUAUGCUCCCUCGGCCAGUGUGUGGAGGAGCUUACCAUCAACAGUAUUGAUGCUGAAGCGAAAUGUGUGGCUGUCAGGGUGAAUAUGGAAACCUUUCAAGUUCAAGUGAUAGACAAUGGCUUUGGAAUGGGAAGUGAUGAUGUAGACAAGGUAGGAAAUCGUUAUUUCACUAGUAAAUGCAACUCCGUACAGGACUUGGAGAACCCAAGGUUUUAUGGUUUUCGAGGGGAGGCCUUGGCCAGUAUAGCUGACAUGGCCAGUGCUGUGGAAAUUUCAUCCAAGAAAAACAGGACAAUGAAAACUUUUGUGAAACUGUUUCGGAAUGGAAAAGCCCUGAAAUCUUGUGAAGCUGACUUGACUAGACCAAGUGCUGGGACAACAGUAACAGUAUAUAACCUAUUUUAUCAGUUACCUGUAAGGAGGAAAUGCAUGGAUCCUAGACUGGAGUUUGAGAAGGUUAGACAGAGGAUAGAAGCUCUCUCACUCAUGCACCCUUCCAUUUCUUUCUCUUUGAGAAAUGAUGUUUCUGGUUCCAUGGUACUUCAGGUCCCUAAAACCAAAGACGUAUGUUCCCGAUUUUGCCAAAUUUAUGGACUAGGUAAGUCCCAAAAGUUAAGAGAAAUCAAUUUUAAAUAUAAGGAGUUUGAGCUUAGUGGCUACAUUAGCUCUGAAGCACAUUACAAUAAGAAUAUGCAGUUUUUGUUUGUGAACAAAAGGCUAGUUUUAAAGACAAAGUUGCAUAAACUCAUUGACUUUUUAUUAAGGAAAGAAAGUAUUAUAUGCAAGCCAAAAAAUGUCUCUGCCAGUAGGCAAAUGAAUUCAAGUCCUCGGCAUCGGUCUCACCCAGAGCUCCAUGGGGUAUAUGUAAUCAACAUGCAGUGCCAAUUCUGUGAAUAUGAUGUAUGCAUGGAGCCAGCAAAAACUCUGAUUGAGUUUCAGAACUGGGAUACGGCUUUGGUGUGCAUUCAGGAAGGAAUAAAAAUGUUUUUAAAGAAAGAAAAAUUAUUUGUGGAAUUAUCAGGUGAGGACAUUAAGGAAUUUAGUGAAGAUAAUGAUUUCAGUUUAUUUAGUGCCACUCUUCAGAAGCAUGUGUCCUCUGAUGAAAAGUGUGACCAGGUCAGUUUCCAGGAAGCAUGUAAUAAUAUUUCGGAUUCCUAUGAAAUGUUUAAUUUGCAAUCAAAAGCUGUGAAAAGAAAAGCUACAGAAAGCAUAAAUACACAGAAUUCUAGAGAGUCAGAAGCUAUCAGAAAAAAGACAAACAAUUCAUUUUUGUACACUUAUGAAUCAGAUGGCCCAGGCCAUGGUAAAAUGACAGAGUCAUCUUUACAAAACAAAGAUAGCUCUUGCUCAGAAUCAAGGAUCUUAGAACAAGAGAGAGCGGAAGCAUCAGAAUCAGGAGAAAAGGAGAAACAUAAAAAAUCUUGUUUGGAGUUAAACUCUUCCGAAAAUCCAUGUGGAACCAGUUCAGAAAUGUUUGCAAGCCCUUUUCAGACAUUUGAGGAGACUGGAGAAGAUCACGAAAUACAGAACGUAAGUACUACUGUUAAUGGCCUGUCUGCCGCCGACAUCCUGAAAACUAAUAGAAUUCAGAAUCAUUCAGAACUAGAGACAUUUAAAGAUGCUACUGAAAUGGCAUGCCAACCUCUGCCUUUUGAGACAACAUUACUGAGAGUACCUGGUGCUCAGAGAGAGGAAGAGAAAAGAAGAAAAGAACCUAGUAAUUGUGGAAGAAUAAACGUUUUUAGUUAUAGACAAGUAAAAUUAUGUUCCACUGGCUUUAUAACUCAUGUGGUACAAAAUGAGCAAACUAGGUCAACUGAAGCAGAACACUUAUUUAAAAAUUGCAUUCGACCUGGACCUGUGAGUGCCAAAGAAACAUUUGGAAAUAGAACAUGCCAUUCACUUGAGACCCCAAACAUCAAAGAUUUAACCAGCACUUUAAGUAAAGAAUUUGCUCAACUGCCCGACGAAAAAUUGUGCAGAACAAAUAUAAGUUAUGGGCUAGGGAACAAGCCUAUAGCAACUUAUAAAAAUUUUGCUACUUUUCAGGAAGGUAGUAAAAAAUCACACACAGGUUGCUUAUUACCUGACACAUCCUCUUUCUCUUGGUGUAGGCAUGUUUCAAAUGGUAGUAAGAGAACAGAUAAGUUGAUUGGUUCUUCCAGACCCAUAGCCCAUAAGAAGCUAAACUUAAGGUCACAGCUAGGAUCUUUAGAGAAGUUUAAGAGACAAUAUGGGAAAGUUAAAAAUCCUCUGAAUACAGAAGUAGAGGAAAAUAAUAAUUUUGAAACGACUACCAAUCUCAGUCCUCCAGUUGAACCUGACAUGCCACAGAGAGACAAAAACCACUUAGACAAUUCUGAUGUUUGUGAAAUCACUGCUAUGAAACAUAAUGAUUCAAAUAGCAAUUGUCAACCAGUAAGUCACAUCCUUUAUUCAGAAAAGUUUCCAUUCUCCAAGGAAGAAGACUAUUUGGAACCACAGACGCCUUGCGUAAGAGAAAGUCCUAUAACUCUAAAUGAGUUACCACAUUUUAACAGAAAAUCGUUGGAUAUUGAGAAGUCACCUGAAUCACUAGCUUCUAAAUUAUCCAGAAUGAAAGGUUCUGAAAGAGAGACUCAAACAAUGGAGAGGAUGAGUCAUCUUGAACUUCCACAAUCAGAUUCCAGUAGGAAAGGCAGUGACUUGUGCAGUGGGUUAUCCCUAGAUUCUUGUAAGUUACUUAAAAACGAGCAGAAAGAAACAGAGAGUAUCAUCAUCCCAAUGUCAGACACUGUCACGCAGGAUAAUUCUUUCAAUAAAGAUAGUGAAGCUUAUUCAAAGAACAAUGUAACAGAGAACUCUGAGAUACCAGAAACUCCUUUGGUGUUACACUAUAAUAAAGGCUCAGAUGUUCUUAUAGCUUCAGAACAGCAGAUAGGAAGUCCUAACUCUCCCAGCAGAAUGUUAAUGACUCGCAUGGACGAUUCCACAGCCAACCCAAAUGGAACUUGUUUUCAGAGUGAGGAAUCUAUAGCAAGAACUUGUUCUGCCAAUGAAGAGUCAAGCACAGGUUCUUUGGAUUGGCAGCAGCACUUUGAUGUCGCCUUGGGAAGAAUGGUUUACAUCAACAAAGUAACUGGACUUAGCACAUUCACUGCUCCUUCUGAGGACGUUCGGGCUGCUUGUACUAAGGACCUGACAACUGUGGCUGUGGAUGUCAUGCUUGAGAAUGGAUCUCAGUACAGGUGUCAUCCUUUUAGAAGCGACCUUGUUCUUCCUUUCCUUCCUAGAGCUCGGGAAGAGAGGACUGGGAUGGGACAGAAUAACAGAGAUACUGUGGAUGACGCGGUUGGUAGCGAAUCACUUCAGUCUUUGUUCUCAGAAUGGGACAAUCCAGUAUUUGCCCGUUAUCCAGAGGUUGCUGUCGAUGUAAGCAGUGGUCAGGCAGAGAGCCUAGCAGUUAAAAUUCACAACAUCUUAUAUCCUUAUCGCUUCACCAAAGAAAUGAUUCAUUCGAUGCAGGUUCUCCAGCAAGUGGAUAACAAGUUUAUUGCCUGUUUAAUGAGCACUAAGACUGAAGAGAAUGGUGAGGCAGGUGGAAACUUGCUAGUCUUGGUGGAUCAGCAUGCUGCCCACGAGCGUGUCCGUUUGGAGCAGCUUAUUAUUGAUUCUUAUGAGAAGCAACAGCCACAAGGCUCCGGUCGGAAAAAGUUAUUGUCUUCCACUAUAAGUCCUCCACUAGAGAUACCAGUGACCGAGGAACAAAGGAGACUCUUAUGGUGUUAUCACGCAAAUCUGGAAGAUCUGGGUCUUGAAAUUAUAUUUCCAGACACUAGUGAUUCUCUGGUCCUUGUAGGAAAAGUACCACUCUGUUUUGUAGAAAGAGAAGCCAAUGAACUUCGCAGAGGAAGGCCUACUGUGACCAAGAGUAUCGUAGAGGAACUUAUUCGAGAACAAGUGGAGCUACUCCAGACCACAGGAGGCAUCCAGGGGACUUUGCCACUGACUGUCCAGAAGGUGUUGGCAUCCCAAGCCUGCCAUGGGGCCAUUAAGUUUAAUGAUGGCCUGAGCGUAGAGGAGAGCUAUCGCCUUAUUGAAGCUCUGUCCUGGUGCCAGCUGCCGUUCCAGUGUGCUCAUGGGAGACCGUCCAUGCUGCCAUUAGCUGACAUAGACCACUUGGAGCAGGAAAAGCAGAUUAAACCCAAUCUUGCAAAACUUCGUAAAAUGGCCCAGGCCUGGCGUCUCUUUGGAAAAGCAGAAGGAUAUAAUACAAGGCAAAGCCUGCAGGCAUCCAUGUCUCCUUGUGAGCCACCAUGAGAACAGGAUUAUGGGUCCGUAAGGAGCCAAAGGGAUGCUGUGUGGCUCUCGGCAGACAGCAUGACCUGCAGGCACCGUGGAGUCGGGACUGAAUCAGCCUGUGCACACAAGCAACGUACCAGUCUUGCUGGAGCAGAUGCUCUCACCAGUCGAGGAGCCAGAUGGAAUUCAAGCUUAAAGACAGUUCAUUCAUUUGCAUCCAUGGACACGGGAGGUUGCCCUAUAAUAUCAAUUUUUCGGUAACUUAUUUAGGGAUAAAAUUUCAUGAUUGUCUUCUUGUCUGGUUAGUUGGUUUGUGGUUUUCUUGGGGGUGGAGUGGGAUUUUUUGGUUUUGUUCUGCAGUUUUUUCCAGCUCAUGGUUGGCACUGGUGUAGUUUACCUGAUGCUGAAUUCCCAGGGAUCAAGUUCACCUUUGUAAACUGCCCACAGCCGUGCUCCAUUGGUCUCCUCCUGUACUUCCAGUCUUCUUCGCUUCCCUCUGCUGCUUCUUUACAUCCUAAAUCUUGGGCUUAAAGAGUUUCUCUACACGCAAUAAAAAUGCUGUCUGCCGUCUUCCACUAAGUCUGUAGUUAGAUUAUUUUAGGGAUAAAAACUAUUGAUAAAGAGAAACAAGGACAAGGAUAGAAUAAGGAAAAUGUAAAGUCCUUCUCCUGGUUUUUUUUGUUUGUUUUAUUGUCUUUAUAAAGACUCAGACUGAUGUUGUUUAUAUCCCAAACCAGUUAAAUGGUGAAAGUACUAUGAGCUUGUUUCUUAAAAUAUGAUUUUUUUGUACUUUAUACAGUGUCUCUUUACAUGAAAGCAAUUUUCUCAUCAAAAUGCAGCAUUUAUUCUUUCAACCUAACCAGAUGUGUUCUCCACAUUUUUUCAGGAGACAGGGUUCUUUUGGUCCCUUUCAAAUUAUGUCUUGGUUUUAUUACAAUGUGCCUAUCUAAUGGCCUCAUAAUUUCAUUUGGGACCAGGACUGAGCUUUCUGCAAAUGGCACUCUUAAUCUGUAUUUCCCCCCACCUAUUUAGAUGACUUGAUUUUUGGUUAAUAAGACUUAACAGACUAAAGUCCUACGGAAGGAAAACAAAAAAGCACACACAUACAAAAAGAAAGAAACAGCUGGUCAUGUUUGUUGCAACUGGGAUGCUGUACAAUGAGAAAGAUGCUGCAAUGAGAACUUCCACUUUUGUAUUUCCUGACCAGCCUGCUCAAAUUGGCCUUUGUAUCAAUGGAAUUAUUUUCCUCAUUUUUUAAUACAGGAAACAAAUUUGUGCUCAUGGAAGAAGUUUGUUUGCCAGAAGCCCUGCAGUGAAUCUUACAGGAGCAAUGAAGUAUUGCAUUCAUUAGCGUGUGCCUCAGAGAAGGUUCAGGGAAAGCCUUCACUGGUUUUCAAGGGGAUCCUUGUAGAAUUACGUAAUUGGAACCCUGAAGAAUAGGCACCACUGUCUAGAAAUGGUCUCUAUUGUUCUAAAUACGCAUAAACGGUUUCAUAGACAGGGAGACAUGACCUUAGAAAGGAGGGUGUUUUCAGGGGAUUUGCAAGGCUGUGGGGCUCUGCCUCCAGGCCCAGUGGGGUGCCAUGGCCUCUGGACCUCUGCCUCCACUCUCCGGAACUACACGGAGGCCAGCUGUCUGGGGAGUUUCAAAAAUCUUUUUAGGUCAGACCAAUUUAUGGGAUUAAAAAAAGUGUCACAAUAUCUCUUAUAUUAGGAGGAUGGGUGCAGCUUCCAGAGGUUUUGCUAUAAUCCUAAGCGACUGUUUUCUUGAGAAUAGCAU